ACGAAUGGACUAAUACAGCCCCAAUUUUUUUUAGGAGUCGAUAUAAAACAUAAUUGGAAAUUAAAUCCUCCAUAAAAAAACACCCGCUUAAUAUCGAUUAUCCAUAAAUGACCGUAAUAACUGGUAAUAACUUCAGUAUAAGGUACUUUUAAAUUUCAUACCUCUCGCGGGUUAAGAUUAACGAUCUUCCGUCUGAUUUUUCACUACUCACACCGGCACCGUCACUGGAGCGGAGACAAACGUUAAACUCUCUUCAGCAGUGCCAUACCGUCAGUUAACGCGCAUCCGAAAUUUGAAAGGCAAACGGAGUUAAAAUUGGAUAAAAGUAUUUACCUAACAGUCAACUAUUUACAGUCCACCGGCUGAUUUAGCGCUGUUCUCAGUAAGUAGAUGAAUUUCGGAGACUGUGAGUGAGGCAUUUGAAUCGAAAUCGACACGAGUCUCGUUUGCCGUUGUCGAUUGUCGAUAGAACACCGCGCCGGCGAAUCGUAGCCACCCGCUUGCGAUGGUGGUAUACUGUACUGAUGGUGCGCCUUGCCUUAGUUUGAAUUUUCACUCGUUAAUAAACCAUUAGAGAGGUGGACGUUAGCUUCAGCGCUUUUUUAAUGGGAAAAACUAUCAUUCAUGCCCGUUAUCUGCGGUGACAAGUGUUUUGGUGCUGCUACUUGAUUUAUUCGAAUUUAUAUUUUCGAAAUGCCAACAGGCGGCGCAUUUUUCGGGCAAACAGUGAUUCAUAAGUGUUGUUUUGUAUUUUAGUGUAUGUGAAAAGGCUUUCUGUGAUAAAUUGUGGGUGAUUUUGGCGUACUGGAGCUUUUGGGGGUUUCGCUCCUCCAACUUUUCAAUGGAUUAGCUGAAGUUUCCGCAAUUAAUUUUCACUUGAUAUGUACUUGACGCUAUAAUUCAUUACCUGCACCUAGUCGUAUUCUACAACUCAUCUAUCCUCUCCAAUUCAGUUCCACUAUGACAGAAGAAUGAACUCAUGUACGAAGCGCGAUGUUGUCGACGCCAGUCACACAAGAUUGGUAAAUUUGGUUGUGCCACAGGCUUCGAGCUUUACCUCUACUAUGGACGUUAGUUGCACACGACUACUCCACGAUGACGAACUCAGCAUACGAUUACUUGGUGAUAGAAUUCGCCCUAGAUCUCGGAGUUCUCAUCUUUGUAACGAUGAUAAUACAGGAAGUACCCCUGGCCAUAAAUCUAGCAGUACUGCUCCCUUGGACGCAGUUAGCCCGUUUAACGAUAGUGACUUAGAUAAGUUAGAGAACUGUAAUGCCUCCGAAGGCAACUAUGUUAUCUGUGAUUGUUUAUAUUGUGAAAAAGACUGUACACGAUUUAUUAGUUAUUUUAUAAUAUUAAGUUUAUGGAAAAUAUUUAUGUGCCUAUAUAAAAGUCAAUGGUCAAUUGUAAAAAGGAAAUCUCACUCGGGUCGGGUGUUGCUUGCUGCUGUGUUGUUAAUAUCUUUUGCGAACGUCGAUGGCUUUGCGGAUGAGUUUGACAAAACGGAACAAUUUCUGGAUAAAGUGAACUUGGAAAAGAGCAUCGCUGCCGUUUUUAACAAAGUGGCUUAUGGUAGUACGACCAAACGAUCCAUUCCUGAUAACGUCUAUCCAGUGACGACAUUGGCAACUCCCUUAUUAACUACGUAUCGGUACGUCAACGGUAACGAGGAAUGGCUAAGGGUGGACCUGAAGAAUUCAGACCCGGUUCCGGAAAGAUCAAAUGUGGAAUUCGAACAACCGGAUUUUGAAAGCGAAAAUAAUCGAAGAGAUCUUGAUAAUGGAUAUGGUGCAGAUCUUGAAAAGGACCAUGCGUUGCCCACUUCAGCUCCUGCUGCCGAUAUUCUUAAAAACAACAACAACAAACACUAUAAUAAUCCGAACAGGUAUAACAAUGACCGGUUAAAACCGGAUUUUAAUGUAAAUAAUAAUCCUGAACAAGUUACUGAAAACAUAUACAAGACUACGACGUCGUAUAACUUACUAAGAAAUGUUAGGCCCACUAAGUCCAUUUAUGGGAAAGAGCCACCGAGUUAUGUUCCUCCUAGUCGAGCAUUUUUCACGCCUCCUCUUCCACCAGAAUAUCAAAACCCAUUUGCUGACAAACCAACUUUAAGAGGUACAAAUUCUGAUAGUUUUGCUAAUCGUAGACCCAUACCACCUCCAAGUCUAAUGCCUACUAAAGACAGAAUUCCCUUCAGACCAGACCUACCCAAAGUUAAUAUGGAGAAAAUACCUGAGAGGACUAAUAACGAACAAUACCGCCCAUCCAAUCCAAACCAUUCACAAGAGAAUAAGAACGAAAAGAAGAAAUCGUUGAACACACCUUCUCAAAACGUUAGAAUAGGUGAGUUUCAUGGAUUAAACAGAAACAUGAACGAAAGCACUUUCGAGUACGAGAAAAUACCGGCAAUAACGUCAAUUACAAGAAUCUUAAGCGGAUCAAACGGUCGACAUGAAGAUAUAUCCGAUAUACUUUUGAGAACGGUUACAGCCACUCCCAAUGUUCAACAUUUCGAACCCAAAAUACCAAAAACUAGAGCACCUGCUGCCGAACCCAGUUUGAAAAUCGACGAUUCCAGUGAAGAACCCGUAAAACCUAAAAUAGAAGAUACCAGAAACGACGAUACCACUUCCAAAAAAGAUUUUGUUCAGGAGGCUGGUCCUCCUGAUCGUUCAGAAAGUGUUACCAUAAAAAAAGAUAAUACUAUAUCUGAGAAGAAAAAUAAUCCCGAAGACGUGACCACGCAGAUGUCAGAUGUUCUUAAUUUACCCAACGUAAAGGAAAAAGAUAUCAACAAAGAAAUGAACGUUACCAUUGCUAAGUCAGACGAAAUUUGGUUAAUCUGUUGGAAUGUCCAUGUCUACUUGGUGGUGUUUGGUUAUUUCCUUUUGGCGAUGUUCUCAAUAUACAAACUAAUUCGCUAUGAAAACGAUCCUCACAUGUUUUCUAAAAGUUAUUUCCUAACUAUACAUUUAAUGCUUACUGUGAUCUGUGUAUUGCGUAUAUUUUACCUUAUAUACGAUCCCUACAAUUUGUACAACUCUUUUAAUGUUUUUCUUUAUGAUUUCCUUCAUAAUUUCCCUCUAAGUCUACUUGCGACAACUUUUGCAGUGCUGAUAUUAUUUUUACUAAAAAGAACUUUGACGCAUUUGGAAAUUAAAACUCGUCCAGUUAUUCUUGUGGUGGUUGCUUUAUUACACAUAGCUUUAUGCUUCUGUCUUAGCAUUGUGGAAACCAUGGGUCACUUCGAUAAAGCUAGCUUAAAUGUAUGUAAACCGUUCUUCGUUCUGUUAGCUUGGGCUCUUGGUUUCAGCUAUCUGUAUCUUUAUAGGAUAAUCAAGAAUGUUCUUGCAAAGAAAAGUCAGAACUUGUCUGAAAUGUGCACACAAAAUAUCUCUUACGCUAGUCAUAUUACUAUAGCUGUAGCUCUUCUAUUUAUUCUCUUGGGUCUAGUGCAGGUAUACGCACUAUUCUUUAUAAAAGUUGAUCGUUUCAACAAGGAAAUCAAACACCACUGGAUAUUGUGGAGUUUUGAACUAUCGGUAAGAUUUAUAGAAAUAUCUAUAAUUACUUUACUGGCCAUUGUUGUGAGUCUAAAGAUGUCUCAAAGAGAAAAACAGUCUGCGGGCGGCUUCCCUCUUUUCCCAUGCACAACAAGCGAUUCCAGCACUGAUAAUAUUUACCCUAAUAAUUGUAACACUAAUCCUAACGCACUUAACUACAGUAGACAAGAAAUGAUUAUGGAUAACAUUCCAACAGAACCUGUGGAAAGACCAAAUUUAUUGAAAAACGCUUUCCAGAACGACUCUUUUGAUAAGAAAUCUACGUUGGAGAGAUAUCAAAGCGAUAGUGAACGUGGCAGUAAUUUCGAUAGAUUCGAACGACCCAAAUGGGGAUCUGACAGAUUUGAUGCCCGUACAAAUGAUGGUUCUAGUUUAAAUAAUUUUGUGCAACCAGGUUCUGGUAACUUCGAAAGAGGUCCUCACAAUUCUGUCCAAAAUUCGUUAAGAAACGAGAGAUCCUCCGCAAGAAAAGCUUAUGAUUCCGCGAAAUACUACGUUAAACCCAAGUAUGACAUGGAAUAUACUAAUGAAGAUUACCAACAAGAUAUGUUUGGUAAUAACGCCGACAGGAACAUAUACAGUGAGCCUGUUGAUAACCCCGGUUCACACCAGUAUGAGAGAACAAGACAUGAAUUUGAGCGAUCAGACUUCGACAGGCGAUCUAGAAAUAGUUCAAACACCUCUGGUCGCAGGUCUACUGGGCGAACGCGAAAGAACCACCCCAGACCACAUUUAGGAGUUCAGACUUUACCGAAUCACGACAGGCAUCAGUUGCAGGAUUCUAUGUUGGUAGACGAGCAAGGAUUCGUGCGAUUCAGACAUAUGCAAGAGGAAUUGGACAAGCCGAAGAAGAUCAAACGCCAGAUUAGUGACCAAAAUCACUAUAGUGAUGCGUAACUUUACGUUAGGGCUAAGCAGAAACGCACAGACGGUGAGGUAUUUUUGUAAGACAGCUAAUCGAGUACAGGAUGUUGUUUAUUGACUGGUAAAAAUCAGUUAUCUAGUAAGAUUUGGUCAAAUAGUCGAUCAAAUUUGAUAGAUGACUGUGGAUAUUUAUUUAUUUUUUAUAAACUAACCUGUACUUAGCGGUUCAAAUAAAAUAGCUCCAAGAAUUACAUACGUAGAAGAAAUAUCAUUUUCUGUGUGUUUCUUUUCUUAGCUCGUUGAUCAUAUUCUCAGUAAGUCAAAAUGUAUAUAUAUUUUGGCCUAAAGUUUCUCAUCUUUGUAGAAAAAAACAUGGAGCCAAAACUAAAGAUCUGAGUUUAACAACAAUGACUUAUAAAAAAAUAUUUAGCCCCAAGGAGAGAGAACAGUGAGUAGAAAAGUGCUGUACAAUAAUAUAACUUCUCGAUUGUAAUUUUUAGUAAUCCAGAUCAAAUUUUUAAAACAUUCCUAGUUUAAUUGAAUAAUAAAUAGAUACAAUUACAAUCAUUACGCUGAGAUCUCUUAACGUUAUUCGACUAUGUAUAUUGUUUCAGCUAUGUAAAAUCAAAAUCUGAUGUGAGAUUUAGCCUUGUUAGAAGCUAAAUUCUAGACAUCCGUUAUUUUCCGACAGUCGGAUGGUCCUUCGAUCGGAUAGCCAAGCGGGACGAGCGGUGGGCCGCACAUCACUUCGCCGUGAUGAAUGCGAGUUCAAUCCCCAGCCCGGUGAACGGAAAAUAAAAAGGCUAACGCAGCAGUUUAAAAUUCAUAUGAAUCUGAGGCUUAGGCUGGAAUAUGCGUCUGAUCGGCCUAUGGGAGAGCAGGACGACAAGGGAUAAGGGCUUGCUGCUCAGUGAAACUCCCUCAUAGAUCUCUACCGGAAGGGCGUUGACUCCUAAAUGCCGGUGUAUAUGCUACUCUGUAUCUUAUGAUAAAAAAAACUUUUUCUCGUUUUCUUUUUUUCUCGUUAGAAGUCGCUAAAUGCGUGCAUUGGUAUAUUAUUUUAAUAUAAUUGCCAACCAGUCGCUAGUCGGUGCGUUUUGAUUGAGUUCAAUCUUCUUACAAGCCUCUCUGAUGACGGGUAGACCUAUAAACACGUGUCAGAGGAUGGUAAGAUACUCGAAAGAAUUCGAAGACUCAAGAGAAGUUGAAUCGAAACGCAACCGUCUAUGUUAAUUUUUUUCCAAUUCUGUUGUUUUCUCUAUACUUUUCUCAUUAUUUUUUUUAAGUUGGUUUAUUUUGAUCGUUUUACAAUAAUUGUCGAAUUAGCAACUCAAAAUUAAUUUUAUUAACACUGACAAAAGAUUCAAAAGCAUUUAUUUUUUCAUUAGAUUUAUUUCAUUGUUAAGUGGUUAAAGUAGUAGCCAAAAGUAAAACCAUGUUGGAUUGGUCCUUUUUGUUUAUGAAAUUAAAUUGCAGUUAAAUUCAGAGUUUGUCACAUUCCACAUGUAUUUUAUUCCGUCUAUCAUUUCUGUCUCUGUGUGCUGUUUCUCUAUCGAGAUAUCUUAAUCCUCUGUCUAAUAAUAUGUAUGGCAUAACUAAUAUAUUGGAGAAUACCAAAAGCUAAAUAAAUAUUGUUUUCCUAGACAAUCUACUAGACAAACUAAUUAUUUGGUUCCGUUAUAAGGAGAUUCUCGUUAUUUCUUUUGAAUUUUAGGUAUUCUCUAGAUAGAAGUGCGUAUGUAGAAUCUGUGUUUCUAUUGUUAAAAGCCCUUUUGUGUUCUGUUAUCCGUUCGUCAACGGUUCUGCUAGUUUGACCGAUGUAAGUUUUCCAUCAUGUAACGGUCGAAUCCAUCAAUUAAAUUUCUUGUCCAAACGAUAUAUAAAUAUACAGUGAAGUUAUUAGCAACAAAAAUUCAACUUUAACAAACUAUUUGGUCAAAUGGGCACUUCUGAUGAAAUAUCCUAAUCCUAGUAUAUGUCCCUAUAAUAAUUAUAACUCUUUCUGCAUAGUAAUAUUUGCGGUACUACUGAAAAUUUUCACUGUAUUUACUUACUUUCACGAAGUUUUCACCACAUAUUGGUGAAGCAUGUCAUGUCCACGCAAGUGGACAUUUUCAAAAAUGUAGUUGGAGUUUAUAUACAUAUUUUAUAUAAUAAUGUAUUUCCAUCAAAUAGAGGUCUCCUCAAUUAAAUGCGUUGUUAUAAAUUUGAUCUGAUUACUGUAAAUCAUGAUUGAUGUAACAUUGAUAUUGAUUAUUUAUUUUGAAACUGUGCGGCACUUUUUGCUAAAUAAUUUGUCGAUGCAUUGGGGCAAUAGGCAUUAUAAAUGUUUAAUUUUCCAAUUGUUUUUAAAGGUGAUAUCUACUGAAUACUCUUGCAUCUUUCAGUGUUGAAAUAUGGAUUAUAAAAGAUUACACUUAUUGUUAGAGAUAUUGUACCCUAAAAUAUACUUUAAAGUAGCAAAACUUGUAUAUUGCAAAUUCUGUAAAUAAUAAUUAAGAAUCUAUAAUUUUAAUUUUUUAUAUAAUUUUAUACAUUAUUUGUACGAUACAGGGUGUUCGUAUUUAACAAAACAAGGCAGCUGGCUCUAGCUCUCUAAUCGUUAUGUAGAGGAAUGAAAUGUGAAAAACUCGAAUCUCCUUUUUCCCUAAUACUUUGUAGUUGUACCCUGUAUGAUGCUUUUAUUUAUAGAACAAAAAAUGACUGAACAUUUGUGUAAUUUAUUGAUUAUAUUGAAUCUAUAAUUAAAAUCGGGCUAAACAAAACAAAAUUUUAAAAGAUAGAUUUAUUGACCGUCCUUACAUUUUAAGGGGGUAACAUCUGUAAGUUAUUGUGAACUCUCGGUAUUUUUUACUUUUUGUAGAAAUGAGUACAUGUAAUA